ACCCUUUGUGUUCUGUAUAUAUUCCAUAUGUGAAAGGUGUUUCUGAAAAGUUUAAACAGAUAGGUAAUCGAUAUAUUAUUAGGACCAUCUUCCGUACGAAACACACUUAGGAAUUCUCUUAUGAAAACCAGACCGAAAAGAGAUCCGCAACAGACGGCACAGUGCGUCUAUAGCAUUCCCUGUGAAGGUGGCAGAAGCCAUAUUGGCGAAAUAGGCAGACCUCUGGCCGUGCGGCUCCGGGAACAUAGGCAUAACCUCAAAGAAGGUCUUCUAGAAAAAUCUAAACUAACGCAACAUGCCUAAGAAGAGGGACAUAAGGGCAACCGUUGCUGUUUCUGGGAAGUAACUCCGUGCAGUCUGGUAGCAAGUUACUCACGUUUUCGAAGCAAGAGGUUCUCUCAAAAUGGGUGAACGAGCUGCCAUCCAAACUGAGCAACAAUCUGUUAAGAAUACCCAACGUGUAAUAAGACACCAAGCUUCAGUUAUCUCUGCCGGCUUCAUCUGUGAGAACAAUGUAGUUUACGUUAGUGAGUGUUUGUUCACAAUAAUUAGUGUUUCCUUACAGACUUGGGCAAGUAUUCAGAGCAAGGUACUGGUAUACUUGUUAGAAAUAUGAUGCUAUAUCACUAGGAUUCAUGUACGCGAAUUCAUUUGCCUCCCACAAAGCAUUAUGUGUGAUAAAGGUUUCAAGGUUAUGAAAGAUUCUGCAUUUGCUUGGAACAGAAUUCUGCUACAGAGGGUUGAAGAAACAUUUCCUGCUGUGACAGAAAGGAUGAACUAUACAAAUUUGGAGAAUGCUUUAGUGGGUCCAUAUGCUGAGACAUACCCAACACCUCGUGAUGCAAAUCAGUCCAUGAAUGUGAAAGCUGAGGCAGUCUCAGAUGCAGAAGCGGAAGAGGAUCCUGUCCCAAUAACAUUUUCAGAAAUGAAGGCUGAACCUGAGGUGAGCUGUAUGUGCGCUGUUAGGCAGAUGACACAAAUUUGCAGAAAUGCUGCUUGUCUGUCUGAUAUCCAUCUCUGUGUACAUGAUACAACUCUAUUGCGCUCUUGACUAGAUUCUGAAAGAUUCUUUUUCCUGAAAUGUCUCUAGGCAACUGUAGUUUGUAGAAUGUUGUUUGUGAUGUACCAGUUCCAUUUUCUGUUGAGCAGAUCUAAUAUAGAUGAAAUGACAUUCUGUAUAAACUGAAUGUUUGCGGUAACUUCUAUACAGCUAAAAUCCUUCACAUUUUCUUUGUCUGUCCAGUCCACUAAGCAGAGCUUUGGUACUACAUCACAGAGUUCCCAGGAGCUAUAAAUGCUAAAGGUUAUCAUUUGUUUGUCUCCCAUGCAGUCUGUAUCCAUGUAAUAACAUAGAGGUGUCACUAUGUUAAGGAUUUGUUAUAGGAUAACUAAUGAUUCUCUAAAGAUGUGUGACAAUAUGUGACAUUGUAGACACGUGUUGCCCAUUACCUAACACCGAUGGCGUUGCCCCUGUACCUGCUGUCAGGUGAUUGGUUGUCAUGACAGAUUUUUUUGUUGUUUUCUGUCAGACAGAUAGGUGACUGAACAUUAGAUAUAAAGAAUGUGUAAAAGGUGUAGAAAGCAAUAGUGCUUAACUGGCAUUGGCAACACAUCCUAAGACAGGACUGUUCCGUAUAUAAUGCCUUCUCUUUUUUUUUAGUGAAAACUACAACAGAUACAGAAAGAAUAAUAACGCAGUUAAAUAGAGCAAGAUUUCAGCUACUUACACUUAUUUUUCUGCAUAAUCACCACCUUUCGUUAUGCACUUUUGCCAGUGAUGAAUGAGAGGUUGUAUUCUGCGUCCCUAAAAGUCUGCUCCAGCAGAGUCUAGCCACUUUCUUACAGUUGCAAUGAUAGCAUCGUUGCCUGGAAAAUGUUGCUCACCUAUUCCAUCUUUCAUAGGCCCAAAGAGAUGGAAGUCUGAAGGUGCUAAACCGGGGCUUUAAGAUGG